AUGAUUGAGGUAAAGUCAGAAGAAGAUGCAGAAGGCUUGGAGGAGAGAGAGAUUGCGGUGGCAGAAAUGGCAAAAUUGAAGCACCCCAUCAGUUGUAAGGCUCUUACAAAGCCUCCAAGAGAUCAGAAGCCGCCACCGUUCAUAGGAGGGUUUGUUCCAAACAAACCAAUACAGAACAAGGUGUAUUCCUUUGAUCUGACCAAGGUGGAUGCUUUGUUUGAUGAAAUGUUGCUACAAAAAGCAAUAGAGACACCCCACAGGAUGCCUAAGUUAGAAGAACUCAAGGGCAGACAAGACGUCAUACAGGAAGGGAUAACAGCAGGAAGGCUGAAACUGGCAGAGAAACCUCAAUUUGUCACAAUAGACCCUUUUCCCCCAUUGCAAGUCAACAUGAAGAGGAACAGACCAGCGACAGAAGCUAGCUCCAGCAAAGGCAGAAUAGUUUCAAGGGAGACUAUUGAAAGACCAAAGGCAACUAUCUCAGCUGGGGUAGUGCUCUACAGCAAGUGCAAAUGUGAAGCUGAGCUAGAAGUAGUCCUGGACAGACAGAACCAGCCCACUCCGAGUGUUUUUGACCGGAUUGGAACCACAUUCCAUGAUGGAGUCGGGCAGAAAGACUAUCCCAGGCCUGUCCGACGCAGCAGGAGAAUGACUAAACAGCCCAAGGAAGAAAUAUCAGUAAAAAUGUUCGAAAAUGAGAAACCUCUGGCAGCUAUCAUAGAAGGCAUGUGGUAUUCUGUCGGGAAGAAUGGCAGACCAACUAUGAAGCUAACAAGAACUCAAAAGAGGAGGAUACUUCCAGAGACCAAUUCUACCAGCAAAGGGAAAGAGCCAGAAAUGCUUCCUCAGACAGAACAAGCAAUCUCCCAGCCACAGAAGCCUAUGAAAGCAGAAUCUUUAGGGAAACCUUCUAUCCAUCCUUCCUCCAUCUCAGGAAAUCAACUUAAAACUCCACAACCACAGGGAAAAUCCGAUCCUAUUCCAGUAGAAGGACAAGAAGACUGGACUGAGGAAUAUGAAGAAGAGUAG